AUGGAUGGAGAAAAACUAAGCCAAGAUUUGAACUAUUUAGUUUUAACUUGGGAGUCAAAGUAUGAGAAAAAUGAUCAGAUCUCGAAGGAAAAAGUAGAUCCAACCAUAAAUUAUAAUCGGAAUUCUGAAGAAGCAUAUCAAGACGAAGAUACUGUUUCUCCAAUAAUUAAUAGACAUAUCCAGGAAAUUGAACAGGAAAUUCAAAGAAUUAACAAGGAAAAUGAAGAUAAGAGAAAAAGAGAAGAGGAGGAGAAAAAGGAAAAAGAAAGAAUAGAACGAGAAGAAAGAGAGAAAGAGGAGUUGAGAAUAAAAAAAGAGCAAGAACUGAGAUUAAAAGAACAGGAGCUAAAACUGAAGAAGGAAAAAGAAAAGGAAGAAAAAGAAAAAGAAAAAGAGCAAGAGCUUAGACUAAGUGAAACAAAAGAAAAAGAAGAGAAACAAAAAGCAGAUGAAGCAAAGAGAAAAGAUAUUUAUUCAGGCCCUUAUGACUCCAAAAAUAUAACAAACUUUGAAAUACAAGGGAAAGUGUACAUUGAAAAGAUAAGUAAUUAUCAGAACUCCAAUGAAUAUAAGGAGAUUAUCUCAAGUACAGAAAGUUCAAUAAAGUCUACGAGGAUGAAUAUUAAGAAGACAAUACAACUUUCGAUUAACCAAAUAUCAUCCACACACCAACAGAUUUUAUCUUCUUCGAAGAGAAUCAAGGAGUUACUUUCUGGUCUAAGAUCAUCUUCAAAAUCUAUUAUUGCUUCCUCUGAUUCUCCAUCCCCAAUGUACAGCUAUGGACUAUAUAUGGCAGCAUCCCUAUUUAUAGAUCAAUGUUGGACUCAGAUUUCUGCUUUCCCUGACUCUGUUUGGAGCUAUGCAUAUUCCUGUAUUCAUAUUUUAGAUGAAAACAAUGAAUUCGAAGUGUUUCUUGAGGGUCUAAUUCUUACAGAAUGUCGAGUAUUAUAUUCAAGUAAUCUUGAAGAUUUAAAGAAAAGAGAAAAUGAGACUGAAGAAAACUUCGGUAAAAGACUGAAUUCUAUUGUUCGAUUUUACUUAUCAAUCAAUAUUUUGAGAGGAAACUUUGGUAAAAUAUGGUUAUGGUUUGUAAAGUUACUCAAUAAAGAAUCCCCAAAUAGAUUAUUUGUAUUUGUUGUUUUAGCAGUAAUACAAAUUGUUCCUCACUUCUUCUUUUCUCAAUUCAAGAACCAAUUUAUGAAGAUUAUUGAUUAUAUUUUGAAAUUUAAAUUACCCCAAAUAUAUACAUUAAUAGAGGAAAACCCCUUUCCGAUUAAAGGCCAAUGCAAACAACUUGAGGCUAUUUUAAAUGAUCUCAAAUCUCCUUCCUGUAAUACUCCUCCACCGAAUGGUUUCAUCCUCAAAGACAAACACUUGGAUGUUGAAUGUUAA